UUGUCACUGUCAACAGUUUCAACUUAAAGCGUAUAAAUAAUCUAGAAAAUAACAUAAUAACAUACAGAAAAAGUGCUAAAUUUUAUAUUAAAUUGUAUUACAAGAGAUUAUACAACGUAAAAUAUGAAUAAGCUUCGAUCGACUGUGAAUGCUGUCAGGAGGAUGCCAUGUCUCGCAAUGUCGAGUGAUGCAGGGAAGACCAUGGACACAACUUAUAUGGAAAUUCCUGUUUAUGAUGUAAACAGGCCACAGACUCUUGAAAAGCGUAAGGCAAGGCUCCACUACCAAUCGCGUAAACGAGGGAUGCUUGAGAACGACCUGCUGCUUAGCACCUUCGCUAAGAAAUACCUCGACGGGUUCAACGAGGAUCAGACGCUCAUGUACGACCGGCUCAUCAACUCGCCCAGCAACGACUGGGACAUCUUCUACUGGAUUGUGGAGAAAAGACCUACCCCUCAGGAGUUCAACAAUGAAAUCAUGGACCUUCUAAAGAAACACGCUAGGAAUGAAGAGAAAGUCGCUCUUCGCCAACCAAAUCUGCAUUAGAAACGAAUUAGAAAUAAUUUUGCUGAAAUUAUAGCUUUUAGUACCUAUUAGUUUAGAUACUAGAUUUUUUAUUUAUUUUCAAAAUAGUUACCACAGGUAAUGUAUUAUGAUUAAUUAAUGAGUUCAAGUUGCAAAGUAGUGUAUAAUUUAUUUAAAAAUUAUACUUGGUCAAACCAAAUUGUCAGUAAAUAAGAAC